UUAACAAGCAGGCAGUCAAUCAAUCUAUCUUCUGGUACUCCUGUAUUUUUCUUAACCUGACUUUUUCACUUCUUCUUCUUCUUCCAAAAGCAAAGGCAAAGAUCUCUCUUUUCUUUCUUAAUUUUUUUCUUGUGGUCUCAAACCAGAAAUCCCAACAAAAUCAAAUCAAGCGUGUUUCCAGAAAAUUACUAGGGCGUCGAAGGGUCAGUGAUUGGAGCUUCGGAGAGCAAUUCGAUCUAUGAUGUAUUUUUUGAGAAACUGUGUGCUAAGUCUUGAUAUUGGUUAUGACUGUGCGAAAGGGAAUAGUGUUAUCUAGUGACUGCUCAUUCAAGUUAUUAUUACAGGAAAGGAGUUAAGAGUGUGGAGAAACUAAAUUAGUGGUGCAAAGUGUUUUGUUUUUGGAUCUGAAAUUUUAGUUUGAGAUCAUUAUUUUUAAAAGUAUUAUUGUGCUGCAUUUUUGGUGUUCUAUGACAUGCGCAACAAUGUGAUUGUUCUAGUUGACAUGAACCAUUCAAAAUUAGUCCGAUGCAUUUAAUUGACCUAAUUAGAUUACUUGGUAAGAGGAAAGAAAGAAAGUGGUUCUGCUGUUCAGGAGGGCCUUUUGGAUCACCAAUGUUAAUAGAAAGUGAUAAAUAGAGUUGAAGUACCCUUUUGGAUAUAAUUGUUUAUGACCAUUGUUUGUAGCUUCUGUAUUUUGUGUAGAUUAUCGAAAUUUGUUCUCUGGCAACUUCUUGUUGGCAUUUUCAAGCACAUUGGUUGUAAGCUCGAAUACUGUUUGUUACAAAGGAUGCUUUUGAAUCUAAAUUCUGAGUAACUUCUUCUCAGGGAAAUCUUCCAGGCGCUGAAAUGCUUUAAGUGAUUGCUGAGGCAUAUCUUCUUUUAAUUGUUCCUUCCUGGCUGAAAAUGUCAUAUGAAGAAAUUCUGAAGGUUGUUUUCCCUUUAUUGGAGGGUGCAGACCUUGCUUCUUGCAUGGCAGUGUGCAAACAGUGGAGAGAUAUGGCGCAAGAUGAUUACUUUUGGAAAUGUGUUUGUGCCAAGAGAUGGCCUUCCAUUUGCAAGAGGCCAGAUCCUCCAACUGUCACAUACUACAAACUAUACCAGACCUUUUACAAGCGACAGCAUCGACAAAUCCUGCUUCCUCCAAGACUUUCCUUUGACAAAUUGGAAUUCUUCAUCGACAUUUGGACUGAUGAUAAAUUGAUAUUUUCUGAAGUGGUCCCAGGCCCUGUUCUGCACACUGGAAUCAAAAGCCCACCUCCUGGAAUUUGUGAUAGGCUUAGAUUUCAGCUUGAAGGCCCUGAUUGUAAGAUGACUCUACCUGUUGAGCCGAGAUUCAAAGUCCCUUUAGGCGAGACUGUAAGUGUUUCAGUGCUUGUGGGGCGGAAGGAUUCCAAUAGGGUUGCUUGCAUAAUCAAUAAAUCUGUCUUUGAUUAUAUAGAUCGGACAUCCUAUAGGGCCAUGGCAUUUGACUAUCUUGGCCUCUCACCAGCCCACCCUUUUGUUCCAGGAAUCCGGGCUUGGAUUUCUUUGCUAUUCAUGGAUGAUAGAAAUGACAGUGUCAUUGAUGUUUUUGGGAUUGAAAUGGAUUUUUGUGAUGCUGCAAAAUCCAGGGACGAGGUUUUGUGGCUGCUUGACAUACUUGAUUGGAAGUGAAGGGUUCAUCAGCCGAGGGAUGAGAAGAACUGAACUCAGUACCAGUAUGGCUCGAUUUAUAUCAUUUUAUUUAAUGUUUAAAUUCGUAAGCACUCUUCAUUGGUUGUCGACUUGUGUCAAUAAAUAUGAAAUCUUUGUGAUGAAUUCCUAAAUUUUCUGUGGCAAUCUAUUCACUCGUUUGGAA